AUGGACAAGACAGCGCUUUCCAGUAAUUGGAAGAAGCUGCAGGCGACAUUGAAGAAAGAUCCUACUGUCAAGCGCAAGACCUCCGACCACGACUCUGGAGAUGGCAUCGUGAAGAAACGCAAGUUGACCGAGAAGCAAAAGCCAUAUAACCAAGACGCCAAACCAACCUUCAAGCGCAAAAGAAUGUCUGAUAAAAAAGAGAAUGGUGAUUCAGCCGAUGCACCAAAGAUUGAGACGAGUUCGCGUCACAAGGAGAAUGAAGGCCGUUCAUCAACUGCCGAACUAGGAAAAUAUGUCGCAAUGGAUUGUGAAAUGGUGGGCGUCGGACCGAACCCCGAUAAUGACUCUGCGCUUGCCCGUGUCAGUGUCGUGAAUUUCAACGGCGACCAAAUAUACGAUUCGUACGUGCGUCCGAAGGAGAUGGUCACAGACUGGCGCACGCAUGUCAGCGGAAUUGCCCCGAAGCACAUGGUGGAGGCCAGAUCCCUCGAGCAAGUCCAAAAAGAAAUUGCAGAUAUUAUGAAGGACCGCAUUCUCGUUGGUCAUGCCGUCAGCAAUGAUUUGGACGCUCUCCUCCUUAGCCACCCUAAGCGUGACAUCCGAGACACUAGCAAGCACGCGCCAUACCGGAGGGUCGCAGGCGGCGGAUCACCACGUUUGAAGGUUUUGGCCGAGGAAUUUUUGGGAAUCAAGAUCCAGGACGGAGCGCAUUCUAGUGUGGAAGAUGCUCGGGCCACGAUGGCUUUGUAUCGUCGCGAGAAGGAUGCAUUUGAACGCGAGCAUUUGAAGAAAUGGCCCGCUCGGAUGAUUGCCGACAACCGGGAGAAGGGCGAGGGCCAGAAAAAGAAGAAGAAGAAGAAGACCACACGCAAGCGCUGA